CGCUCAGAUACAGACGACGACGGCGCAGCAUCACGAGGAGCACCACGAGGAGCAUGACCGUCGCCACGGCGACGAGCCUCCGUACGCGAAACCUCAGAAGCGCGCGGCGCAGCACGCCGAACCGCAGCCCGUCGUCACCGGCCACCAGAGGGCGUCGGAGUCGAGCGACCUUGACCAGAUGCUGGGGUCGCUGUCGAGCGACCUUAGUAAGCAGGGAGUGCGUACGCCAGCGAAGGGAAACUGCGCUGCCUGCGGAAAACCGAUCGUCGGACAGAUGGUGACAGCGUUGGCUCGCACCUGGCAUCCGGAGCACUUCACCUGUGAUCACUGUAAGCAGGAGCUGGGAAACAAGAACUUCUUUGAGCGUGACAACAAGCCGUACUGCGAGGAGGAUUACCACAACCUGUUCUCUCCCAAGUGCGCUUACUGCAGCAAACCUAUCCUCGAUAUGGUGACAGCGUUGGCUCGCACCUGGCAUCCGGAGCACUUCACCUGUGAUCACUGCAAGCAGGAGCUGGGAAACAAGAACUUCUUUGAGCGUGACAACAAGCCGUACUGCGAGGAGGAUUACCACAACCUGUUCUCUCCCAAGUGCGCUUACUGCAGCAAACCUAUCCUCGAUAACUACAUCAUGCCCUCGCGAGCACAGUGGCACCCCCACUGCUUCGUCUGCAUUGUGUCGGAUGCCGCUUCCCAAAACGGUGGAUCGUUCUUCGACCACGAGGGCAUGCCCUACUGCGAGACGCACUACCACGCGAAGCGGGGCUCGCUGUGCGCUGGCUGCGGCAAACCCAUCACCGGCCGCUGCAUCACCGCCAUGUACCGCAAGUUCCACCCAGAGCACUUCGUCUGCGCCUUCUGCCUCAAGCAGCUCAACAAAGGAACGUUCAAGGAGCAGAACGAUAAGCCGUACUGCACAGUUGCUUCUCGAAGCUGUUUGGCUGACGCGUGGCAGCGGCGGCGGCGGGAGAGGUUAGAUGUGUGGUGAGAGGUGAGGGAGGCCGAGGGGGAGGGGUGUGGUGCGCGCCAUCUAGCGGCUCGUAAUGUCACUAACGGUGAGGAAUAUGGCAAUAUAUUUUACGAGGAGCUUAUUUUGACACGCGUUCGCAGUUCUUGUGCAGGUAUCGCCGCGCACGCUGUACCACGUCACAGUGCGCCAUCUGUGGGCGUAAAACUCACAUGAAUUGCAGUUUGGUUAGGAAUCGGUGGCUGUGUGUGUGAGAGGGAGGAGAACUAGUUCUGUUAGCAGUGUGUGAGGGUGCUGCUGCUGCUGCUGCUAUUAGCUGCGCGUAACAGCCCAGCAGAGAAACACGCAUCAUCAUCGAGUUAUGUAAAAUCUAGUUCUGUCACUGGCAAACAGCAGGUUUUUUUUGCGGGGGUCAUCGCAACGGUCGCUAGGGAGAUGAGCAUCGUCAUGGCAACGGUCGCUAGGGAGACGAGCAUUGUCAUGGCAACGGUCGCUAGGGAGACGAGCAUCGUUGCUUCCAUCUACUUGCCGUGUUAUGAGAGGAGGAGGAGGGGAGGAGGAGGGUGUU